CAAAAAAAAAUGAGCGCCAACAAUACUAAACAACUUUGCUGUUCAACUCUUCGAGAUUGCUCACUUGAAAAGUGCUGGGGAGAUGAGUGCUCGGGCCUUUGAGGAAGAUCCAGGCUGUUCAUACAUGUUUGUUGAUUUUGAAGGAAAGGCCAAGUUGGAUAUUUUAGCUUGGUUCUGGGAAAGAUAUUUGUGGUUGAGUGUUGCUUUUAAUCCUGAGAAUUAUGUAAUUAUGAAUGGAGAGGAUGUGAUUGCCGAGACAUGUAUUUUGUUUCAUGAUGGACAUGUGGUCACAUUUUGGGAUAAGAUGAGAGCUGGAAUUUUGAAGAUGCCAUUCGUGGCUGGCAUGAACGCUGUCAAUAGAAUGUUGAAGAAUGGAAAUUUAUCAUUGGAAGAUGAUAUAUUGUGGGGGAAACUUGGAUUGGACAAGACUAAAUUCUCAAAAAUUGAACAUGUUGCUGUGGAUCCUAAAUUUCAAGGAAGAGGACUUGGAAGAAAGAUUGUCGAACAUAGUAUUGAGAGAAUUAGACAGAAGGGAUAUUCUGGAUGUUUUUUGGGAACUCAGAAAAAGGCAAAUGUUGAUUUUUACACCAAAUUAGGAUUUGAAAAGGUUGGAGAACAAUUAGUUGAUGAAACUGCUGAAGAUUCUCCUUAUAAGUAUCUCAUGUUGAUGAAAUUUUAAAAUCACCUCCAUUCCUUAAUAUUAAUUAUUUAAUUAUUUAUAGAAUUAAUUAUUUAAUAAUUGUAAAUUAUCCACAAAAUUAAUUUAUUAAAAAAAAUGCUCAACAAUAAU